CACAUAAAGAAGAGCAGAAGGUUGAGGAUAAACCAGGAGAGCCUCCUAUGAAAUUGAAGAAAACUGUUGGACCCACAUCGGUGGUUGAGAAACACGUGACUUCUCAAGCAAGAAGUGUGGUCCUGAAGAAGCCCUUGCCGUUUCCCAGCACUUCACUUAUUAAGGCCCCAGUGAAACAUUCAGCGGCAGAUUUUAAAGGGGUCAUCCCUAAGAAGUCUUCGCUUGCCACAGGUUCUCCUGCUUCAGGUGGCCUUUCGUCCUCACGGCCACCUUUGUCCUCCUACGGAGCCCAUCCCAUGCCUAAAAAACCAUUCCCUCCCUCCAGCGCAGGGGCAGGGCUUAAGAGACCUGUGAUGUCUUCUGCCUCUUCUUCAACCACCCCCUUGCCUCCACAAGCCAAGCUAGCUGCCAGCGCCGGCCAGUCACAGCCUAAUUCCCAGAUUCGACAAAACAUACGGAGGUCUCUUAAAGAAAUUUUGUGGAAAAGGUAAGAACGCUGAUGUUUAAUAAAUUUGAUGUUUAAUAAAUUUAUAGGCCGCCCAAUCCCGAAGGACUCCGUGCGGCUUACAACAAUAGUAUAUAUUCCUGUUGAGAAGGAAAUACUUUAAGGUUCCAUGUUAAGGAUUUUCGUUUCAGUACAUUCUACAGAAAGGAAAAGCGGU